AUGGAAGCUCUCUUCUUGACUUCUUCUUCUUCCUCCAUUGCUUCACCAACCAAGCUUUUGCACAACCGUCGUGACUGGUGUGCGUUGGUUAGGGAUAAGAGGAGGCUAAGCCCCACCUGGUGCCGCGUAGGUGGUGAUGGGAGAAACAUCAAACCAGAGAGGUCUAUAAUGGUUUCUUCUCUGUUGAAAGACAGAGGUCAAGUAUUGAUAAGGGAACAAAGUUCACCAGCUAUGGAUGCUGAGACAUUGGUUCUGUCUCCAAAUGAUAAUGGGAGAGCCAUUGAGAUCAAUGGAGUAAAGACUUUGUUGCCUUUUAGUGGUGCUGCUAAGGUGGGGAGUAAAGAAGGACUUGGCAUUGUUAGUUUUCUCCAAGGGAAGAAGUUUCUAAUCACUGGCUCUACUGGUUUCUUAGCUAAGGUAUUGAUUGAGAAGGUCUUGAGAAUGGCUCCUGAUGUUGGGAAGAUAUAUCUCUUGAUUAAAGCCAAAAACAAAGAAGCUGCAGUUGAGCGGUUAAAGAAUGAGGUGUUAAAUGCAGAGCUUUUUAAUACUCUAAGAGAGACUCAUGGAGCAUCUUAUCAGUCUUUUAUGUUAGACAAGCUCGUUCCUGUGACGGGAAACAUAUGUGAUUCAAACAUUGGCUUGCAAGCAGAUUCAGCUGAGGAGAUUGCAAAAGAAGUUGAUGUGAUUAUCAACUCUGCUGCCAAUACAACCUUCAAUGAAAGAUAUGAUGUAGCUUUGGACAUAAACACACGAGGACCUGGUAACCUCAUGGGAUUCGCCAAGAAGUGCAAGAAACUCAAGCUUUUCUUGCAAGUAUCCACAGCUUAUGUGAAUGGACAAAGACAAGGAAGGAUCAUGGAGAAGCCAUUCUCUAUGGGAGAUUGUAUAGCAACCGAGAACUUCCUUGAAGGAAACAGGAAAGCAUUAGAUGUCGAUAGAGAGAUGAAUCUAGCUAUUGAUGCUGUAAGAAAAGGGAAUCAAGAUCAAGAAGAAGCUCAGAAGAUGAAGGAUCUUGGUCUAGAAAGGGCAAGAUCAUAUGGAUGGCAAGACACUUAUGUUUUCACAAAAGCAAUGGGAGAAAUGAUGAUCAAUAGCACUAGAGGGGAUGUACCUGUGGUUAUUAUAAGACCUAGCGUCAUCGAAAGCACUUACAAAGAUCCUUUCCCUGGAUGGAUGGAAGGAAACAGGAUGAUGGAUCCUAUAGUUCUAUGUUAUGGAAAAGGACAGCUCACAGGGUUUCUUGUGGAUCCGAAAGGAGUUCUUGAUGUGGUUCCUGCUGAUAUGGUCGUUAAUGCGACACUAGCCGCUAUUGCAAAGCAUGGAGUUGCAAAGACUGAUCAAGAACCUGAAAUAAAUGUAUUUGAUAACAGCAAUACGCAGAGGUUAAUGGAGUAUAUGUCUGAAGCAGAGAAGAAUGAGUUUGGGUUUGAUGUUGGGAACAUUAACUGGAAAGAUUACAUUACAAACGUUCACAUUCCCGGUUUAAGAAAACAUGUCUUGAAAGGAAGAGCUUAA